AAUUGUUAGAAAACCAACUUAACACAUGUAUAGGGAGUGGAAAUGCUUAGCGAGGGAGGGUGGUAAUGAGGCUUUAACAAAUGCUCAGCGAGGGAGGGUGGUAACGAGCCACUAACCAGCUGCUGGAAGUAAGAGUUUCUGUUCUUCUGUAUACUUCUCAACAACCCCCAAAUUUGCUUUCACUUGGAUCACAGUCUCGAAAUCGUCGAUUUUAGUCUCAAAUUAGCUGAUUCUCGACCUUGUUUGUGUUGUAACGGUUAACUGAUGGUCACUGAAUGUCAAGCCCUCACAUCUGCAUACGAAAACUACAAAAGCGUACUCGCGUCAUCCGCUAUAAAAGAAGAUCAUUUAGUGAAAUCCCCAUUUUACCCUCCUCUUCAAGACCCUUCUCAGCUUCAUAAAAAUAGUUCAUUUGUCCAGAUGAAUUUAGCAAACACAAGUCAAUAUGGAACCAAUUCGGUUGGUGUUAAUCAAGAUUCAAUUAUUUCUAAAUCAAAAAAACGUAAAUUUCCUACUUACGAGCUUCUCCCUUGGCAUAAAGAAGCAACACAAGGUUCUAGAAGACUUCUUGAUACAAGCAUUGCGGAAGUGGAAUGGGGAGAGGCUGGAAAUCGGGUACCUGAACAGAUGAAAGAAGGUCAAGGGGGUGAAAGUGAAACAUUAAAGAGAAGAAUAAUUUUAACAACACAACUUAUGCAAGUUUUAUUUAGGCCUACGCCUUUUAAACUUCUGUUAGAUGAUGCUUUGGAAUGUUAUGAAAUUGUAACAUACUUUGCUGCUAGAUUAGCACUUGGUGAUGCAUGUAGUUUGGCAAAUCAUCCUCAUCAUAUUUCUGAAACGUCAGCAGGGAAAAAGGUUGUAUCCAAGGGUAGUGAUGAUCAGAAUCUUUCAAAGGUUGUAGAAGAUUUCAUUGAUAAAUCAAAGAAGAUAGAAGAUGUGCUUUUGAGGUUGGAGAAUGGAGGAUCAGUUCUUGAAAUAAGAAUGGAAUCCCAAGAUUUAGAGAGAUUUUCAGUCAUCAACCGAUUUGCCAAGUUUCAUAGCCGGGCACAUAUGGCGGCGGCACCAGUUGACACAACCACCACCACCACCACCAGCAGCAUCAUCCCUAAGCUAUAUCCUCAAAGAUAUGUGGCAGCUAGUCUGAUGCCUAGGGUAGUACCCGAAGGGCAUAAUUGUCUUUCACUAUGAUAAAUUUUCGAGUCUUGUUUUUUCUUUUUAGGGUUAUUUGCUCAUUUGGUUGUCUAACUUCACUUUUGGAUCAUGUUUUUGAACCGAAAGUCAACUGAUGUCAAUUUUGACAAAGUAUAUAUAUCUUUCUUUUGUACA